UGGAGAUCAUUCUCCCGCCAAUUUUCACUUGCACUUGCAAAUCGAAGAGGGCUUUUUGAGAGUCGGCCGAGAGCUCCAAAUGUCACAGUGUCAAAUAGUGAGCACUGAUAUUCUUCUAGAAUACCUGGAGGUAGCAUUUCACGGAAUCCUAUAUCACAGGAAAAUUUAUCCCACUGAGAUUUUCGGUAGAAAGAAGAUCUAUGGGGCUGGAGUCUGGAUAUCUGAGCACCCUGAGGUGAACGAGUACUUGAAGAAUGUUCUUGAGGCCGUCAGAGAGGCUCUCACAGCAGACAUCACCAGUAUCAAACGCCUGAAUUUCAUAAUUGUCGAUAGUGAUGACAUUCUCGUGGAAAAAUUUGUUUUCGAUUUAUUGCAGAUACAAAUUGAUGCAACAGAAUGUGAUCCAUAUUUUCUGAAGACAGAAGAAUCCUUGAGGACAGUCUGUCUGAAGCUCUCGAUGAUGGAUUCGUACCUGAAACCCCUUCCCGAGGACUGUAAAUUCUCCAUUGAACUCGAAACCCACGAGGCAGCUCUUGUGAGCCUCUCGGAGAACCCAAAGUGUGAGGAUUUUCCCUGGAUCAUGAGAACUGAUGACGAGAAUGAAACUUCAGGGAAAACUUCACUUCUCCCCAUUUACACGGUGAAAACCGAGCAUUUGGGGGUACAAUUAUUUGUCAUUGGUAAUACUAAAGAUUAA